CAGGGAAAGAAAAAAAAACAACAAACCGAUUCCGUUCUUUGGAGAAGAAAGAAGAGAGAGUGUGUGAAUAUCGCUGGGUAGUGUGUUUGUGCAAACGUUCGGGGUUUUCGUAAAUUCACCGUGAUAGAGCGUCCAGAUUGAGGAUCACCCGAGUGUCCACACCAGUCCGCCCCACCAAUGGAGGCCGUGCCGCGGAUGCCGAUGGUUAGCUUCGAGCUGAAAACCAGCCCGGAGCAGACCAACUUUUCCUCCCUCAAGCAGUACAUUGCGGAGUACUACCAGGAAGAUCCGGCCUCGUACAGCAAGGAAUGCUAUCAGCUCGAGCAGCUCCGGGGUAAUGCCGUGCGGCCGACGCGCGACGUCGACGGGACGGCCACCGUCCGCCGCUACUACUGCCAGCUCCACUCGAUCCAGAACCGGUUUCUGCUCGGGGCGGUGAGCGAGGGCCAGCAGCUGCUCACCUUCCACUGGAAGGACCUGUACUCCGGCGCGACGCUCACGAAAUGGAACCUCAAGUACGAGAUGGCAGCCGUGCUGCACAACUUUGCCGCGCUGCACACGCAGCUCGGGGCAGCCGAGGGCCGGGCCGAUCCGGAAAGCAUGAAGAAGGCGUGCACCCACUUCCAGUGUGCGGCCUGGGCGUACGGGUACGUGAAGGACAACUACGCGCUGCUGCUGCAGGGCGACCUGUCGACCGAGCUGCUCAUCUUCAUGCAGGCGCUCUGUCUGGCCCAGGCCCAGGAGUGCAUCAUGGAGAAGAGCCUGUGCGACAACCGGAAGUCGGGCAUCAUCGCGAAGGUGACGGCACAGAUCGUGAGCUACUACAACUCGGCGCUGGCGGCGCUGCUCACGCAGAGCGGGGACGACGGGCGGGUGCAGGACAUUGUCGGCAGCAAGCAGUUUAAGGAGUGGCGGCGCUACGUGCGCUUUAAAAUCUCCUACCUGUCCUGCAUACUGCUGCUGUACCAGGGGCAGCAGUCGGAGGAGCAGCAGAAGAUGGGCGAGCGGGUCGCGCUGUACCAGGCGUCGUUCGACAAGCUGGAGGAGGCGCGCAAAGAGUCGAAGGGGCUGGCGAACAUUGAGCAGGUGAACGACGCGCUGCAGUUCACGAUGGACGUGGUGGAGGCGAAGCGAAAGGCGGCGAAAAACGAGAACGAGUUCAUCUACCACGAGGAGGUGCCGGAUCUGAGCGCGAUCACGGCGGUGCAGGGCGCGAAUCUGGUGAACGGGAUCGCGUUCAACGUGACCGACCCGGAAGCGAUGGGCGAGGACAUCUUCCAUCGGCUGGUGCCGAUGAAGGCGCACGAAAGCAGCUCGAUGUACAGCGAGGAGAAGGCUACGCUGCUGCGCACGAUCGGUACCAAGCUGGACGAUAAGGAGGUGGAGCUGCAAACGUUUAUCGACUCGCUGAACUUGGACGCGAUUGAGGCGCCACGGACGGCGGACGAUAAGCGACUGCCCCAGGGGCUGGUGGAUCGUUGCGCGGAGCUGCAGGCGAAACCGAACGCCAUCAGCGAUCUGGUGCAGUCGAUGUCGACCCUGGCCGAUACCUGCUCGGACGUGGAACUAACGCUGAAGGAGAUCAAGAAUCUGCUCCGGCAGGACGAAAUCCGGGAGGAGCAGUACCAGGCCAAGAUCGGGCAGCGCUCGAACGGUGGCGCUCACAUGGUCGAGCUUGGGCGCGAGCUGGCCAAAUACCAGGAGGCGCACAACAAGGCGGGCGAAAGCAACGACACGCUGCGGAAGGCGAUGGGACUGCACGUGCACAAUCUGAAGAUACUGUCGCAGCCGCUGCCGGACAUUAAGGCGCAGAUCCCGGUCUGCACCGAGCAGUUCGACGAGGCGGUCUUCCAGGAGCUGAACACGAUCGUGCAGAAGGUGAAGGAAAUGAAGGUGCAGCGCAUCAAGCUGUACCAGGAGCUGCGGCAAAACAUCACCGACGACGACAUCACGUCGCAGCUGAUCGCCCUCGAGGGCGGUGGCUCGGAGCAGAAGCAGAAGAUGGACGAGCUGUUCCGGAAGGAGCUCGGCAAGCACGAUCAGCUGGUCGGGUUUCUGGAGCAGAACAUGAAGGCGCAGGGAAACAUACUGAAAGCGCUGACCGAGGUGUACGCCAAGUGUGCGCCGGCACUGAAAAGCCUGUCCGAUGUGAAAACGAAGCGCGAUCAGUUCUUCUCCUCGCUGUCCGCUUCGUUCGACGUGUACGAGGAUUUGCUGUCGAAGAGCGCCAAGGGGCUGGAGUUUUACCGCAAGCUGCAGAGCAACGUGCAGAAGCUGUACUCGCGGGUGAAGGCAGCCUGCGACGUGCAGGAGGAGGAGCGCAACCAGAAGCUAAAGUCGAGCAAUGUGCUGAAACGGUCGUCGGUCGAUAGUGGAGCGGUUGGGACGAUCGGUGGUGGUGCUGGGGGCAUUUCGAGCAGUGGAAGCGGUGGUGGAAGCGGAGGUCCAAAGCUGAAGGACUAUCUGAAGGCGGGCACCAUUAGCUUGGGAUCUAUAAAAGCGGCAGGGGUGGAUAAGAACCCGACUACCCAUUUGCCUUCUGUACGACCUGCUCCGGUUGGUUCGGAAAGUAACGCGCCGGUGGUAGGGAUGGCGGGAGGCGGUACGGGAGGAUACUAUCAGGAUUCGUACACCAAUUAUCAUCAGCAGUAUCACCAGCAACAACAGCAACAACAACAACAGCAACAACAGCAAAUGCAAUAUGGAGGUAAUUCCAACAUGUCCGUCGCAGGAACAGGGUAUGAUUACAGUCAGUACUCUACCCAGCACCAAUCUCAGCCACAGCCAUCUGCCACUGGCUCCACCGUUGCCACGGGAUACGUGAAUCCAAUGUACCAAAAUCAAACCUCCACGAACUAUUACUACAACAACAAUCAGGCACAGGUGCCUCAGUCAUCGAACACAACCGGAUACGACUACGGCCAGUACGGUCAACAGCAAAUGCCUCCACCGGCGCAACAGCCCUCCCCAGCUCCGUCGGCGUCAUCCGCUUCGUCCGACGUAACCCAACAGCAAGCCUCCUGGGGCCAGCUGAAUCAACAGUUUUCUGCCAUGAAUCUCCAACAACCGACGGCGGAUGGAAGUUACGCGAAUCAAACCGCCGGCACGAGCUCCAAUCAGGGAUAUUCACAGGUAGCGGCUUAUCAGAGCUCGGUUGGAGUUAACCAACAGCAACAACAACAACAACAGCAAUAUCCAACUGUGUCACAACCCAACGCCUACCCCACACCCUACCCGACAUCUUCGAACGAAUCAAUGACGUCCGUGUCUUCGUCUCAGGACGCCGCCACCGCCGCCUACGGAAACUACGGACAAACAGUGCCCCAACAGCAAGCGUAUCAGCAGCCCGCACCGCAGCAAACGUACGGGGCCGGCUCCUCCACCACCCCGUACUACCAGCAAGCGCCUUAUCAGACGGAACAGACUGCCUCGUACGGGUCGCAUCCGGGCUAUUCGUACAAUCCGCAAACCGGUGCGUACGACUACACCAGCGGCUUCCAGUACGAUUCGAACAACGCAACGGCCGGCUCGUACGCGAACCAGUACGUGUCCAAUCCGCAGCUUGGCAGCAGCAGCAUGGCCACGACGUACUCCGCAUCCGGCCAAACAGCGGCACCAGCAUCGGUUGACUCAUCUGCCUCCCAGCCGUAUCAGCUUUCCACUGGCGGCACUCCAGCGCCCUCCGCGUACCCACAAGGACAGCCCGCGAAUGCAACUUCAUCCUACUACAACCCAACCAGCGGUGCAGCAACCUCCGCCGGCUACUAUCACCAAACGUCCACCUACUCCACCGUGCAAUCGAACCAGUAUUUAGCAUCGCAACCCGAUCCGGCCACCGUGGUGCAGCAGAGCCCACUGCCGCCAGCGGCGCACAGCACACCGAACGACCCCACGGCCAAUGUGGCGCACUAUUCGCAUCACACCAACUCGUACGUGGACAGUACGGGAUCGCAAAAUACGACAACGACCACCGCGUCAUCAUCAUCCUCCUCCACCACCCAGCAGCAGUCGGUCGUGUCGCCGCAAACGACGCAGUCGAAAAAUAUUGACCUCCUCUCGGGGAUUGAUUUUUCGCCCGCGCUAGUCCCACCGAUUGCGGCACCAAUCUUGCAGCCCCAACCAACGGCCGGUUCGAUCGUGGGCAGCACCGCAGUCGAUGGGAGUGAAGCAGCGGCCAGCGUUAUUCUUACCCCAACGAAAGCUACGGUUGUGGAGAAACCGGUUGUGGAAAAGGCGGUCGUUCCAGACCCGGCUCAAACCGUUCCGACCGCUGUGCCCGCUGCGAGCUCGUCGGUGAUUGGGGAGCGCAAACCAAGCCUGGACAACCUGUCGCUCUGCUCCGAUCUGAGCUCCAGCUUCGACUGGGAAAGUGCCUCGGUGUGUGGUGCGACCGCUUCGGUGUCCGGUGCUGCCGCCAACCCGGCGGACAAUGUGUUCCUGCGCCCCACCAAACCGGACCCGUUCGAGGAUGGGGCGACGCUCAAGUGGUUCCACAAGGAGGUGGAGCGGUUGGAGAAGUUUGUCGAAACGAGCGGCGUGAAAACGCUGAACGGCACGACCCCGCUGGAUAGCAAGUGGAAAGAGCUGCAAGAUUUGCUGGUAAAGGAAGAGGCAAAGCGGCAGGUGAGCGUGGCCCGCCUGUUUCCGGAAAAGAAUCGCUCGAUCGACUGCGUCCCGUACGAUCACGCCCGCGUUCAGCUGUCCACCGAUACGGACAAUUACAUCAACGCGGUUUACGUAAAGGACCUUGGGUUUGGCUGCCCUCACUUCAUUCUCGCCCAAGCGCCGCUACCGAACACGGUGAACGAUUUCUGGAACAUGAUCUGGUCCCAGAAGUCGAACGUGAUUGUCUGUCUGCAUACCGCCAACGAGCUGCUGGAUCCCUUCUGGCCCACGGAAGUCGGCAAAGAGCUCAGCUACGGUGACGUAUCGGUAACGCUGAUGAAGCAGUUCGACCUAACGCACUGCACCGAGCGUACGCUGCGCAUCAGCAUGCUCGGCUCGGACUACUCCCUGACCGUGGCACUGUUGCAGCCGAAGCUGUGGCCUAAAAACUCGCCCGAACAGAUACUGGGCGUGGCGCAGAACCUGAUCGACUCGUACCGCCAGUACAACCAAGAGCAGAAGCUACCACCGCAGCUGCGUCCGCUCGUGCUGAACUGCCUGAACGGGACCGAUCGGUCGAGCCUGGUGACGGUGGCGAUCGUCACCAUACUGGCGACCCAAACCAGGAAACCGCUGCUGAUAAAUGUGAUCGACAUUUGGUACCGGAUCUGCUGCCAGCGGAAGGGUGCACUGCGCGAUCCGAACUUGAUACAGCUGUCCUAUCAGAUCGUGCUUAAUAACGGGCAUGGCAUACUGAACAAACGUGGCAUACUGACGUCGUACCAAAUGAAGUCGGCCCAGGUGGCAAGCAGCACCGUCAAGGAAGAAGCCAACAACGAUCCGUUUAAAGAUCUCGAUCCACUGUGGAAGCUGAAGUAGUGUAGCGCGCGCAAUAACGGGGAAGGGAUCGUUUGUGCUACCCGGCGAGAUUGCUGUGAUUGCUGUUUGAGACUCGCUUGACCCGCUGACUGCUCGAGGGAACGAUUCCAUUGAUUCCGCGUGCAUCGUGUAGGGAUUGGGAAGGAAAUUCUCUGUUAUUCAUUGCAUAUACCGCUUGAAAGCGCAUCUUUUGCACUGACGCUAUUUAAUCAUACUCUUUGCAUUGCAGCAAUUAUUCCAUUUUUAUUCAAUCGUCUACACAAUUCUAUUUCGACUAAUAUUCCAAAUUGUUGACCAUUUAUUGGGGUAUAUAAUGUAUAAUGUAAACGUAUAUUUAUUUAUGUUGCUAUCAGGAGAAUGAAGAGCAAUAAUAUGUUGGAUGAACAGCACACCACCACUUGGUUGGAAGGGAGUUGUAUUUAAGCAUAAUAGACGCAAUUUUAUUUUUCGUUAAAUUUAAAGAAAGACACAGAGAGAGAGAGAGAGAGAGAGAGAGAGAGAGAGAGAGAGAGAGAGAAAGCGAAGAGAAGAACAAAGCGUGAAAAAACGAGGUAGAAGCCUGGGUUUCUUCGUUUGGCAAUAAACUAUAUCUAUUAUUUCUAUCGUAAAAGGA